UGGACUUGAUAGUAUGCUGAAGUAUGUAGGCGACCCAAGUGAGGUGGUAAAGUUCAUAUAACGAUAUUAUCGCGAUAUGGGUUACUACUGUUAGCGUAUGUUGGAACAAGAUGCUUGGUGGUGGCAUGCUGGACAAAUCCCUAGAGUAAGUCAAAAGUUGAACAGCUAUUUGUGUGUCAUUUUUGCGAAUGAUAUCUUCUGCAUUUGUUAUUUAGGUAAGUCAAACUCUCCUCUUUUUUUUUUCUUUUCUUUCUUUCUUUGUCAUUGGCCUUUGCAGUAAUUGAUGUUUUUAGGAUCUCUAUUAAAGAUAUUCAAGAAGCGUGCGCACUUUCCUUCUUCAAUGAUGAUACUGUACUCAAACAUUGUGACGCAUGCUUUGGCCGAAAAUAUUACGAAACAGUCUGUAUAUAGCGAAAUGAAACGACAAGUGAUGUGGGAUCAAGUUAACGACUCGAAUCCAGACAUUGAUUUGAUGGUAGUGAUAGAUAUAUUUCUCUAGUCAGUGUUAAUGUUAUUGUAUUGAAAAUAAAUUAUAUUUGUAUUGCCUAUUUUUA